AUGGACGUCAAGACUGUUGAGUUUACGCCGUUCCAGGACCAGAAGGCCGGCACCUCUGGUCUUCGCAAAAAAGUCACCACCUUCCAGCAGGUUCACUACAGCGAGUCCUUCGUCACCAGCAUCCUUCUCUCCAUACCCGAAGGUGUUGAGGGGUCUUUCCUCGUCAUCGGCGGUGAUGGUCGCUACUGGAACCCCGAGGUGAUUCAGCUGAUUGCCAAGAUUGGUGCCGCCUACGGUGUCAAGAAGCUCCUCAUCGGCCAGAAUGGUAUUCUAUCUACCCCGGCUGCUAGCCAUGUCAUCCGCCUUCGCAAGGCUACCGGCGGUAUUCUUCUGACUGCCAGUCACAACCCUGGUGGUCCCAAGGAGGACUUUGGUAUCAAGUACAACCUGGCCAACGGUGGCCCCGCCCCCGAGUCCGUGACGAACAAAAUCUUCGAGACCUCCAAGUCUUUGACCUCGUACAAGCUCGCCUCGAUCCCCGACGUUGACAUUACCACCGUUGGCACCAAGACAUACGGCUCCCUCGAGGUGGAGAUCAUUGACAGCACCGCUGACUACGUCGCCAUGCUCAAGGAAAUCUUCGACUUUGAUACCAUCAAGAAGUUCUUUGCCUCUCACCCAGACUUUAAGGUUCUCUUUGACGGCCUCCACGGCGUCACCGGUCCCUACGGAGCCGCCAUCUUCGAAAAGGAGCUCAGUCUCACCGGCGCCACCCAGAACUGCGUCCCCAGCCCCGACUUCAACGGCGGCCACCCCGACCCCAAUCUGGUCUACGCCCACUCCCUCGUCGAAGUUGUCGACAAGCACAACAUUCCCUUUGGCGCCGCCUCCGACGGCGACGGCGACCGUAACAUGAUCUACGGCGCCAACGCCUUCGUCUCGCCCGGCGACUCUCUCGCCAUCAUCGCCCACCACGCCAAACUCAUCCCCUACUUCCAGCGCAACGGCGUCAACGGCCUCGCCCGCUCCAUGCCUACCUCGGGCGCCGUCGACCUCGUCGCCAAGGCGCAGGGGCUUGACUGCUACGAGGUCCCCACUGGCUGGAAGUUUUUCUGUGCCCUCUUCGAUGCCAAGAAGUUGUCCAUUUGCGGCGAGGAGAGCUUCGGUACUGGUAGCGACCACAUUCGCGAAAAGGACGGCCUCUGGGCCGUCGUCGCCUGGCUCAACAUCAUCGCCGCCCUCGGCGUCCAGAACCCCGGGUCCACUCCGUCCAUCAAGCAGAUUCAGAAGGACUUUUGGGGGCAAUAUGGCCGCACCUUCUUCACGCGCUACGACUACGAGAAUGUCGACUCUGACGGCGCCAACAAGGUUGUUGGCGAGCUCAAGGCUCUCGUGGCGAAGCCCGACAUUGUCGGUAGCAAGAUUGGUGACCGGACCGUGACCGCGGCUGGCAACUUCUCCUACACUGACCUCGACGGCUCCGUCUCGUCCAACCAGGGCCUCUACGCCAGCUUCUCCUCCGGCAGCCGCAUCGUCGUUCGCCUCUCGGGCACCGGCUCCUCCGGCGCCACCAUCCGCCUCUACCUCGAGCAGCACAGCAGCGACCCCGCCACGUACGACUUGGACGCCCAGGACUUCCUCAAGUCUGAGGUGCAGUUUGCCACCGAGCUGCUCAAGUUCAAGGAGCACGUCGGCCGCGACCAGCCUGACGUACGCACUUAA